AUGCGUCCCUGUUCCCUCUGGCCAGUGGCACUCUGGCUGGCAUGGAGUACCACAGGAUUAUCCGCAGAGCCAGAUGCGCCGGAGGAGUCCCAUAGUUACCAUAGGGCUUGUCCAGAUUACAAGAAAUAUGCCACAUAUGUUCAUCGACCGCUCUCAGAUGGACCAAUGCAACUCCCAUUCCAGCGACCGUCGGUACACUGCAGAACCUUUACCUCCCCUCUAGUGGAGAAGGUCAUUGAGGAUGUGACGGAGAAGAUGGUCGACAAAGACCUAGCGCGCCUCUUCGAGAACGCCUUCCCAAAUACCCUUGACACGACUGUCCGAUGGCAUGUCGAUGGAAAGAAUAAACAUACUGAAUUGAAAGCCCGAGCCAAUGCCAGAGAUGCAGGCAAAUGGGAAGGCGCCCAAUCCUUUGUCGUCACCGGCGAUAUCAAUGCAGAAUGGCUCCGCGAUUCCACCAACCAACUCCUACAGUAUCAACCUCUGGCAAAGUCAGAUACAGCAAUAUACAAUCUCAUCCUCGGCGCUAUCAAUACACAGUCCGAAUACGUGAUCCAAUCCCCAUACUGCAACGCCUUUCAACCACCACCCGGUUCCAAACUCCCCGCAACGCAGAAUGGGCAAGAAGAUUACGUGCACCCGGCCUUCGAGCCAAACUUUGUCUUCGAAUGCAAAUAUGAGCUGGACUCCCUAGCCGCCUUCUUAUCGCUGGGCAAUACAUUCUUCAACCAUACCAAAUCGCAAGAAUUCCUUACUCCGCGUUGGUAUAAGGCUCUCGACACGCUCCUCGAUGUCUUGGAUGAACAAUCCCAGUCCACCUUUGAUCCCGUCUCUGGGCGGUUCCAGAAGAACACAUACACAUUCUCCAGACGCACAGAUCAGGGCACCGAAACUUUACCUCUCUCCGGAGUCGGCAACCCCCUGAACUAUGGCACCGGACUGAUCCGCAGCGCAUUCCGGCCUUCUGACGAUGCUACGAUCCUCGGGUUUCUCAUCCCAGCCAAUGCCAUGAUGGCCGUGGAAUUGAAACGGACAUCCGAGAUCCUUCGCACCGCGAAGAAAGAUGUACUUGCGCAAGAGCUCGAAAAGAGGGCGCAGGCGAUCACGGAAGGAAUUUGGGAAUAUGGGGUCGUGACCCAUAAGCGCUUUGGACGGGUAUUUGCGUAUGAGGUUGAUGGGUAUGGAGGACAGAUCCUGAUGGAUGAUGCGAAUGUGCCGUCCCUCCUAGCUCUACCGGUUAUGGGCUUUGUAGAAAAAACGGACCCAGUGUAUCUCAAUACCCGAAAGAUGGUGUUAGACAAAGCGACGAAUCCGUAUUAUUUGGAAGGCAAAGCAUUCCAUGGCAUCGGCGGACCUCAUAUCGGCCCCGAAUACGCCUGGCCCAUGUCCCUCCUCCUUCAAUCCAUGACCUCAGACAACGACACCGAGAUCUCAGAGUGUGUCAAUCUCGUCCUAGAAGCUUCUCGUCUCGGUCUGGUUCAUGAAUCUAUUAACGUGAACCGUAUUCAUGAUUAUACUCGGAGCUGGUUUGCUUGGGCAAACAGCGUCUUCGCGCAAACAAUCCUAGACCUAGCGAGACGAAAACCCCAUUUGAUUUUUGGCAAGGGCGCGGAACCGUAUCUUGUCGAAUGA